GUUUUUGUGGUAGAUUGACUUGAAAUGUUGAUGGUGCAGGUUUUUGUAGAUGUAUUACAACCUGCUGAACCUUGAGAAGUGAACCCAUUCAUUUCAAUCUUAUCAAAAGUAUAUAAAACAGCACUACUUGUGGGUUGAGUACCUGUGUAUGACCAUGUCCAUUAUAUAGUAUAAGUUAGAGUUGCAUCGCUGCCAUCUAUUUUUGAUGGUCUAAUUAUGAAUAUAUCUGAUAAGGAAGAGAGGAUACCAAAUUAUUCAGCAGGAAUUACAAGCAAUUCCAAAUAUCCGUUAUCAUUAUAAGAAGUCCAAGAAAUUUGAGUAGUUUGAUAUUGAGAUCCUAAUGUCAGGGAAAAGCGAUUGAAAUGAGAAAACCCAAAAUUGAUCAAAUAUUUAUUCGAAAUAUAGAAAGGCUGAUAUGCUCUUAGUUUUAGAAAGUAGGCAUCUGUCAUCCUCCAUAAUAGAGUGUAAUAAUCCUAUCUUUUAUUUGUUGUAC